UCCUCAAAAGUUAUCAACUUUUCUCCUUCACUCCAUCCAGUGCCUGCUUCCCACUUUACUCUUACUUUCUUUUCUCACUCUCAUACUGUCCGUCUUACAUUACCCUCCCCCAUGGGUUGCCUCACUUCUCCUCUGUUUCCUCUGGUUUUGGCUAUUUCAGCUUCCUGGUUGCUUUCUCCGGCGGAAUCAGCGACAUAUUGGGGUGAUAUAGAGGCUCUGAAGCAGCUCAAGAACGGCCUUCAGAAUGCUUCCGUGAAUCCAGGUUCGUGUGUUAGUUCUUGGGACUUCUCUGUCGACCCAUGCGACGGCCUCUUCAGCGAAACAUUCACCUGCGGCUUCCGAUGCGACGUUGUCGUCUCCGGGUCGAGUCGGGUCACCGAAAUCACUCUCGACCAGGCGGGUUACGCCGGCUCACUCGCGUCCUCGUCUUGGAACCUUCCUUAUUUAGAAACUCUCGAUGCGUCCAACAACUACCUUUCCGGCGGCAUUCCCGACUCCUUCUCCAACUUGACUCGUCUUCGCCGGCUCGCUCUGUCCGGGAAUUUAUUGGACGGUGAGAUUCCCUCUUCCAUUGGGUUCCUCUCGAAUCUGGAAGAGCUUUACCUUGAUAACAAUAAUCUUCAAGGGACAAUCCCUUCUAGCUUUAACGGUCUGAAGAGCUUGAAAAGGCUCGAACUUCAGCUCAACAGUCUCGAGGGUGAGAUUCCUGAUCUUGGUUCUCUCGAGAACCUCUACUAUCUUGACAUCAGCGACAACGCCGUCGCCGGCGGAAUUCCGGCGACGUUGCCCAAAUCCUUAGUUCAAAUCUCAAUGAGGAACAAUAGCUUGAGCGGAGGUUUAAGAUCGGAAAGCUUCAGAGGGUUGAUGGAUUUGCAGGUUUUGGAUUUGAGUUAUAACGGUCUGAAGGACUCUGUGCCCAUGGUUCUAUUUGAGCUGCCUUCGCUGGAGCAACUGACGCUGUCGUUCAACAAAUUCUCGUCCAUGGAAGCGCCAUCUUACAAUGCGGGAUCGCAGAGUGGGCUAAUAGCGGUUGAUCUGAGCAACAACCAGAUUCAAGGGCUGCUGCCGUGGUUCAUGGGAGUGAUGCCGAAGCUGGCGUCACUGGCGUUAGAGAACAAUAAGUUUACGGGAAUGAUACCGACGCAGUACGCAUUGAAGACGGUGUUUCCGGAGGUGGGAAUAUCGCCGUUCGGGAGGCUAAUAUUGAGCGGCAAUUACCUCAUCGGGGGCAUACCCAGCCCCUUGCUGGCGCUCAAGCAGGGUUCUGCAAAUGUGACGUUGGGGGACAACUGUUUGUUUAGAUGCCCGCUGAGGUUCUUUUUCUGCGACCAACAAAAAUCAUUGGACGUAUGCAACAGAUUUAGUCCCUUCAUCCCUUAGAUGGCGAUGAUGAUUUUGAUUGAUUUCAUUUGUUUGUUCUGAUACAUGUGCCUGUAAUUAGAGUGGAAAGAGGAAUGAUCGGAGAUGUUGAUGUUAAUGUCGAUCAAGAGAUGAGGGUUGAGACUUGAGAGCAUGUGGAGAUCCUCCUAAUCUUAAUCCGAUCAAGCCAUCAAUAUCGUACGAUAACUGCCAACUUCAUUUGACCUUUGCCAUUCGCCGUCCAGCAUCUCCCACAAUCAUUUUGGGUUUAUUUUCAUUUUCCUUUUUAUUUCUCCGGCAAUUAUUUACGACGCGAGUUUGCUAGCGCUCAAGGAUUUGCGCCCUCAGUUAAUGACAGUGCCCCUGCUUGCUUAUGACCAAA